AUACGAAAAAGAAGAAUUUAUAGAUUAAAAAUUCAAUAACAUGAUAACACGAGUUAACCUGUGAAGUUAUCGUUAAUUUCUAAUUAAUUUUGCAAUACUUGUGAAAGAAGCAUAAUGAAAAAUAUUUUUCAUCCACCCGAUGAUAUUCGGUGUAUGAAGACCUUGAAUAAAGAUAAAAUAAAAACGACUGUUCAAGUUCAUUGCCUAUCAAUAAAUGAGAAAAAUUUGCAAGGUAUUGUACCUCUACUAAAAAAAUAUUUAAUGAAAAUAGAAAAGUUUAAACCAAUACAACUUAUUGCUGAUAAUAAAGUUGAUAUCUAUUUAUCGCCUGAACUAAUUAAAAACUGGUCAGGGUUCCCAAAUGAUAUUCAGUCUGCUUUGGAAAAGAAUUCUGUGACAGAAAACGAUCUGAAAAUAAAAAAUAUUGAGUUGACUUAUGAGAAUUUUUCAGCAGAAGACUUAUUACGGGCUAUUCUUCCAUCUGAUAAGGAAGGUUUAUCAAGUUUUACAAAAAUUGGACACAUAGUUCAUGUAAACCUCAGAGAACACUUAUUGCCAUUUAAAAGUAUAAUUGGAGAUAUUCUUUUUGAUAAAGUACAAGGCUGUAAAUCUAUUGUGAACAAAGUGAACAUGAUUGAUAAUACAUAUAGAAAUUUUCAUAUGGAAUUAUUGAAAGGGGAAAAUAAUAUGAUAACAGCAGUCAAAGAAAACAACUGCACCUUCAAAUUUGAUUUUUCCAAAGUAUAUUGGAACUCUAGAUUGUGCACGGAACAUGAGAGAAUAAUAAAGAAACUGAACCAACAAGAUGUUUUAUUUGAUGUUUUUGCUGGAGUAGGCCCAUUUUCAAUACCUGCUGCUAAGAAGAGAUGUGUUGUUUAUGCCAAUGAUCUAAAUCCAGAGUCAUACAAAUGGCUCGAAUACAAUGCAAAAGCCAACAAGAUUUCUAAUGAAUAUUUUCAGUCAUUCAAUAAAGAUGGAGCAGAUUUUAUUAAAACUGAGAUCAAAAAACAUUUACCAAUCAAUUUAGAAAAUGAAAAGAACAUUUUCAUCACAAUGAACCUUCCAGCUUUGGCUGUGAAUUUUCUCGCCAAUUUCGAAGGAUUAUUUAAUCCUGAUGAACUUCCAAACAUUACAAAGACACCAUUAAUAUUUCUCUAUUGUUUUGUAAAAGGAGAAAAUUAUACAGAAUUAGCAAAGGAAUUAAUUUUAGAAAACUUUAAUUGCAAUGACAGUGAUAUCAUUGAUAUCUUUAGAGUAAGGACUGUAAGCUCCCUUAAAGAAAUGAUGAGGGUCACUAUAAAGCUGACAAGAGAAAUUUUAACCACUGAGAAUCUUAGAAAAAGAAAGUUUGAGGAUCAAGAAGAUAAUAAUACAAAAAGAAGUAAAGAUGGGAAAGAACAAGAAGAGAGUAGGUAACGUUUUCAAAGUUGCUGGUGCUAAAAGUUUGAAACUUAAAGCAAAAGCGAAAGCUGUGAAGACUGAUUUGAAACAGAUCAAUAUAAAAAAUAAAGUAGCUGAAAUAGAUAAGGCAUUAGAACAACUAGAAAAUAAAAUGAGGGUACCUGAAGUGACACCUCCAAAAAAUCUUUCAAAUACAAAAACGAAUCUUCCAUCUGCUGUAAAUGAGAAUUCCGCAAAUACCGAAAAGAAAGCUGAAGAAGCUUUAAAUAGCUUGAAUAACUUUCAAAUGUGAAUAAGCAAUUUUGUUGAUAAUAAGUCACUUUUAUUGUAAAAUAUUUAUUAAAAAAAGUUAAAAAUAA